CCGUACACACUUACGCCCAUUCCCGUAAUAUGCGAUUCUAUUGUUUUCUCAUUUGUAUUUAUUUUUCCAUACUUUUAAUUUGAUACGAUAUUUUCUAAGUUGGAGUGAUAUGCAAUUAAGAAUUAACGAAAUGAACAGAACCUCAUCAAAUGUAUUGUAACUACUAACUAAUCUCACUUUGCCUCAUAUUGUUCUUCCCAUUCUCUCCCAAAUUAAAACCCUAAUCGCAACUCAACCAGGGACAAAUCAAAGUCGUUGAUUCUGUUACAAAACGUAGCUCCGAGGACAGAACAAUAAACCAGGCUACGGAUCUCUGAUUCUGAUUUGAUUCCUUCUAACAAGUUGAAAUCGGAUUGAAGGGAAGUAAAACAGGAACAGAGCAACCUGAAGAAUUACACAAUCAAGAUCCAAUAAACCGGCUAUAUUUGUCUCUCCAAUAUCUUGAAUUGUAGAACAGCCAUGGACAGACGCACAAACGCUACCAGGCCAACAGCGUUGUCUUCUCCUUCUAUCACUGGUACCACCACAAUAACUAUAGAGAACACUGAGCCAUCAUCCUCUUCAUCUCAGCAAGAACAACAGCAACCGGAAGUCCUUUUCCUCCCCCUCAAUCGCAAGAAGAAGAAGGUCAGUUGGAAAGAGGGCACUGUAGACAAUGAGUUUAUGCAGAAGAAGAGUUCCAAAAAGUGUUGUAUUUUCCAUAAACAGAAGCCCUUUGAUGAAGAUGAUAGCGAUGAAGAUGAACACCCUCACGAUUGCUGUAAUAAUCAUAAUGAAGCUGGUCCAAGCAGUUAGGAAUCUGAUCAGAGCGGUGGUGAUUGAUGAACCUACGAAGGCAUAUAUUUUGUAGAGUAAAUGAUUCUAGAAUUCAUUGAACUUAAGUUUGUAAGACAAAUUAAUUAUUUUAUUUUGGUUGCAAGUACAAAAUCACGACACUGGAACUGGAGGAAUGUUCGGUUUAAAUUUGAAUUCCAAUAAUUUGCGGUGCUAGUUUACUAUGGAAAA